AUGCAAAACGUAAGUUUAAACGACUCAACCGUUAGAAAGAACAACAGCCCCCUCCCGUCUUGCUCUUCCCCCCUGGAUCACAGAAAUGCUCAAAACGGUGAACUGCCCAAAAUAAUGCCAACAAAAAUGAUAACCAGGAGCCAAACGAACUCGCUCGAAAAAAAAAGGUACUCAAAAGAUAAUCUCACCAAAGAAGACAACACUCUCCUAAACGAUGGUAACAACCUCCCAAAAAAACGAACAAGGAGAACAAACACAACAAACACAACAAGCAAAACAAACACAACAAAUACCACAAACACAACAAAGCGAACAAACACAACGAAACAAACAAACACAACGAAACAAACAAACACAACGAAACAAACAAACACAACAAAACAAACAAACACAGCAAAACAAACAAACACAACAAACAAACGAACAAGGAGAACCAAGCAAACAAACAGAACAGAUGAGGUUAUGAGUUUAAACAGUAUUCCCACAGAAGCAAAUGUAGAAAUAAAUGAAUACGUGAUAAAUAAUUAUUUUAAAUUGAAUAGCAGUGGCAUUACUACCACCAGCACCGCAACAUCUACCCCCGCCACCAGGGCAAACACCAGGGCAGGCACCAGGACAGGCACCAGGGCAAGCACCACGGUAGGCACCACAGCAGGCACCACGGCAAGCACCAAUAUCAGCGCUAUUCAGAAUCGUAAAAAUAAUGGGGAUCACAACGCACUUGUGGGUCACAACCGAAUAAAUAAUGGUCUGCUACACGAAGGGUUACUCAAGGGGGUGAUACUGAAGGGUGGGAAAAUAAACGAGGAGCAGCCUAACGAAGACCGAAUGAACAAAUAUAUCUUCAGCGAAGAUCUCAUCAAGGAGGAUAAGGUGAAAGAAGACGCGAUCAACGAUUGGGUUAUAAAUAGGGAUCACCUAGAGAACAGCGCCAACUACCGUAAAUCCAACUUCCAUAAUACCAACUUCGAGGAUGCCUACUUCGAUAGUGUCCUGUUCGAUAGCGCUCUGAUGCAUAGCUCUGAGUAUGAUAGGGACCGCUUCGAUAGUGCCAACUUUGACAACGCUCAGUUUGAUAGCCAACUAGAGAACAGCCAAACGGAUAUAAACCACCUUCCCAAGAAUUCCCCCCAAAAAAACAACCUUCCGAACAACAAAUUAGUUAACUACUACAGUAGCCUCCGAAGCCUCUACUUAACUGACAACCUAAAUAGCCAGAUGAGCGAUCAAAUGAGCGACCAAAAGAGCGACCUUAUCGGCGACCAUUUGAAUGGCCGCCCAACGGACUGCAUGACAAACCGAAUGGCAGAAAACGCAAAAAACGAAAAUUUAAAUAACUCACAAACGUUGCACAAAAACCUUUUAAGUAGCGUCACGCCAAACGUGAAGCUAAACCUACAGUCCCAGAUGUACGAGAACCCUAAUUCGCAGAGCGUUUCCUACCAACCGACUCACCGACUCACCAACACACCAACACACCAACUUUCUGCACAAGAAAAUAAUUAUGCUUGUGAUUAUAACCCGCAGCAAUAUCACAGCAACAAGGUGAAGGAAAAAACGAACUCCUUUUUGUGA